ACGAUGUAAAAAGUCUGUUCCCUUGCAACUUCCAAAGUUCUAAUUCUAACCCUUCCGUUGUCUCGCACGUCUACGCUUGCACUUGAACGCCUUUCUCCUCGUCCCGCUCUCUCCCUCUUCCAUGUAAUGGCCACCGCCACCGUCGACGCCUCGGCCUCCAACCAUCACCUCAACCACCUCCAUGCGGAAUCCCUUCCUCUAAUCGAUCUCCGCCUUCUCUCCCAGUCCGAACUCCUUUCCCUCUCUUUUUGCUCCUCUCUCCGCUAUAGCCAAAACGACGGUGACGUUGCCACUCCCAAAAUCGAUCGCUCCGUCUUCAAUGAAUCCGCGGGCAGCCGCAAACAGACCUUUUCCCGCCUUCGAUUGGCUCCUCGCAACAACUCUCAAUUCUCUUCCUCACCUUCAAUUAAAUCUCCCAUUAUCCCCCAAACUGCGGAACAGGGUUUAGAUGAGGAAAAUUCUCAGAUAAUUUCCCUCCUCAAGUCUCUGUUUGGUGGCAAUUCUCACUCCGACGAGAAAGAGGAUAGUAAAAAUAACUAUGAUAAUAACCUAGUUUCUGUUCCCAUCCAAUAUAACCAGUUCCUAGGUUUUCCGCCCACAGGGAGUGAGUCAUUGGAAAACGUUCCAAUCAGCGCUGCUAACUAUGGCGGAGAGACAGUGAUGAAGCAGGAAUUUCCGACUACUAUUGUUGAUUGUACUACAAAAAAGAGAAAGCGAGGCAGGCCGCGAAAAAAUGAGACUAGUUUUUAUAGUAAUAACAAUAAUAUCGAUAAGGUGAUUGAGACUGAGAGAAGGCAAAAUGAGAGAGAGACGAUUGGUGUGGACGGAAGUAAGGAGAAGGAGGGGGAGAUGUUGAUGAUGAAUAAGAAUGGAAUGAAAAUGGACUUGGUAACAUUGGGGAGUACGGAGGAUCCAUAUGGAGAGGAACUGGCGCAGCGAACAGUGGGAAUGUAUACAGAGGCAGAGUUGGUAGGGUUUUUGCAGGGGUUAAAGGGAGAAUGGUUGACUAACAGGAAGAAGAAGAUGAUUGUUGAAGCAAGCGUGCUCGGCAAUGUUUUGCCAAGUGGUUGGAAGCUUAUGCUCUGCAUCAAGAAGAAAGCUAGCUUCUUUUGGAUUGCUUGUAGAAGAUACAUAAGCCCAAGUGGGCAACAGUUUAUGUCCUGCAAGGAAGUCUCAUCAUAUUUGCUUUCCUCAUUUGGACUUCAAGAUGCAAGCCAGCCAAAUUUUGGUCAUGUGGAUGGCAAUGAUCGUUUGAUUGGAAUAGUAUCUUCUGGGAAUGCUGCUGAGCUUACCCUUAAAGAUGACAAGAUUGGGGAUGAGAAGCAACUGGGGAAUUAUAAAUGCCAUAAAUGCACCAUGGCUUUUGAUAAGUCUGAUGACUUGCUGCAACAUCUGCUGUCAUCUCAUCACAGGACUCCAAAGAGGCUUAGACACGAAAUGUCCAUGAAUGAAGAGGUAAUAAUUAAAAAUGGUAAGUAUGAAUGUCAAUUUUGUCAUAAAUCUUUUGAAGAAAGGCAUCGCUAUAAUGGUCACCUUGGGAACCACAUAAAAGAUUAUUUUAAGAGAAUUGAAGCUUCAAGUGGAUUCAAGACCAUCCAAAGGAGUCCUGUCCCUCCAUUAGUAGGAGUUGAUCCUGGAGUUUCAAAGAUUCAAGAAUCAGUUGGAAUCGAUAUGGGCACUAUUGCAAUAAAUUCUGACAUUAAAAUUAAUGAUGGAAUAAGUUCUACCGCUGAGAAUUAUAAAAUAGAAGAAAAUACUACUGUUGAAUCUUAUUCCAGUAAGCAGGAUAUAGUUUGUAGUACGACCAAUGAUAAAGCAGAGAAGAGGAAUAGAGUUACUGACGUUGCUGUUGAAAAUAAUGUUUAUCAAGGUGCUGUAUCUGCCAUUUCCAGUAAGGGGAAUGAUUCCAUUUGUAAAUCUUCUGAUGAAAAAAAUGUGGAAUGCACCAUUGGCAGAAACAAUAAUUUGGGCAGCCAGGAAGAAGGUUCUCAGAACUGUUCACUUGCUGUUGUUGGAGGGAACCAAUCAUGUGCAUAUGACAAAAAUGAGGAUCAGGUAUGUGUAAGGUUGAUGGAGGAGCAGCAUAAGGAGAGAGGUUCUGAUAGUGGUCUGAUUGUUCCAAAUUCUGAAGAGAAAACAGUUGAUGGCAAAACUAUCAAAGAUAGACAGCUUUUUAGCACAAUAAGUUGCACCACAACUGAUGGCAGGGUUUUGUUUGGGAAAGAGAAGCUCGAGCAUUGCUCAGCACAAGAGAAUGUUGCAAUCAACAGCAAGGAAAAAGGUUCUGAAGCCUGUUUGGUUGUUAGUUCUGGCGGUUACCAAAGAUAUGGUUCUGUACUUAAUAUGCAUGGCCUUUCAACUUCUACUGUGGGGGAGAUGACACACAAAAUGGAUUCUAAAGUGGGUUUACCAUCAUCUUUAGGUUUCACAUGUGUUUCCAACAAUAAGGUGAACCAAGUUUCUGCUAUAACAGUGAACAAGCCCAAACUUGGGGAAGUGGAUAAGUCUAGGAAUGAUGUCCAAGCUUUUGGUUUUGGUAGCAACAGUACUUUAGCAGUUGAAGAUAUGAAGACCAUCAAUGAUCUAGAGAGUAGUUAUGGAAGCUGCUCAGCUUUUCCAUCAUGGAAUGAGCAGAUGUCUUUUACUGAAAAUAAUAUCAAGGGGAAUCCCAGUUGCACAAGUAAGAUACAUCAUCAAGAAAAGGAAUCUCAAGGCAGCAAGCUUACUUUAUAUGCACAUCGGCAAUGUUUUGGUCCUGAAAAUGUUAUUGUUAAUGUUUCUAAUGGCAUAUCGGAGGUGCCCAAUCAAGUUCAGGGCACAUGCUAUAAUAAUAGUGAGCACAGGAAAGACGUUCAUGUACUUGAAGGAUGUGUAACUAAUAUUGAGCUGGGAAGAGGUUCCAAUUUUUUACUUGUUCCAUCAGCUAAUGGGCUAACAUUUGCUUUAAAAGAUGAUGGAGUCCUGAAUGACACAUCAAAGAACUUUAUGCAGGACAGAAUUUUUGAAAGCAAUGUAACUGAACCAGCUUCUGAUGUGCAAAGACAUGUUAAUGAGAAUUACAUGACUAACAUCCCAUGUAACACAAUGGACUGGUCCAACCAUAAGGGAUUGAAAGGUCUGUGUGAUGGUGAGCCACUUACUGGUUUUGACCAUGGUCACAGGGAACAGGAAGUAGAUGUUGCGAAAAGCACAAUGCUAGAAAAUUGUUCAAAGAAUUGUCAACUUGUUAACUCUGGGAAUCAACAUAAAUUUUCUUUGGAAGAUAAUGUGACUGGCUUUUACAGUUGCAACCUGGAUGAGAAGAAAAGGGCUUCUCUGGACAGUUCACUCUGUCUCUCAAACAGUGAGCAAGUUUGGAAUGUUGAAAGCAAUUUGAAUAGGAUUUCGAUUGGCAAAGCUCAAGAGGAGCCCAGGUUGGAAGACUUAAAUCCUAGGAGGAAUGAGUCAGUGAUUGGUUUUAGCAGCCAUGCCCAAAAUAGUGAAAAUGUUGCAUCUGGGUUUAUGUGGAGAACUGAUGAAGAAAAUGACCUGCUUGGUAGUUUUGCUGAUAAUUCGUCCCGACUUGUGCAUUCAUCAGGUUGUUUUCCCUCAUAUGACGUAAUGUCAGAUAAGGGUGAAACUGAAUUCUUUGGUGAGAAGUUUAGUGGUAUAUCAGGUUUUGAAGGGCUGAGAUCAGGCAGCAUGGAGAAUAUGGAGUAUAAUUUUAUGAACCCCCAUUCAGAUGAGUCCAGGGUCUUUUCAUAUGAUGCAGACAUUGCUCAAGGUCUUGAUUCAUCUGUUUGGCUUGAUAAGGAAGCUUUGCCUUUGUUUCCAAAAAUAGCAAGCAGGCGCUGCAUCUGUGUCUGGUGCAGAAAUGAGUUUCAUUGCGAAGCUUUAGAAACUGAAACACAAGUGGGCUCAAUGGGUUCUACUUGUGCAGCCUGCAAGGCCAAGUUUUCUGGCCAGUUCAAUUUACUGUAGAAUGGGUUCCAUGCACAGUCUGUGGUCCAUGAGGAAUAUUUUUUCCAUAUGCCUUGGUCGGAUUGAGAACAAGAGCUCCAUAAGAGGUAAUUUCUACUUCUAAACAAUGUCUUUGGCUAAAAUUGACCAUUAGUUUAUCAGGUCUUCAGUUUUAACCAUCCAUGUCACUUUAUGUGUUUGUCUUCUAAAAACUGAUAAGGAGGGAAAUUAACGAUGUAUAUUAUGAGACUAAAUUCAAUAGCUCAUCUAUUCUGGGUUUGAAUUAGGAAUAUGUUAAAAGGUGCCACAUGGGUGCCUCUUUUGCAACAUUACUUAGAAUAUUGUUUUGUAACACCUUGAUUAAAGUUCUACUAUUCGUAGUAUUAGCACUGUC